GCAGUGGUGAUUCAAAAGAGAUUUCUUGAACGAGAACUUAGUGAUCUGUAUUACCAAGAGGAAUUAAUGUGGAAACAACGUUCUCGGGCAGACUGGCUAAAGGAGGGAGACAAAAACACUAAUUUCUUUCACCGUAAAGCUACUGAUCGUCAAAAAGGAAUAUGAUCUCCAAGAUUCAAGGUUUGGAUGGUAUCUUCAAGAAGGACAUGAGAACGUAACUCAAAUCAUGUUGGAAUUUUAUCAGACCCUAUUCAAAGCAAGACCAAAUUCUCACGGGAACGAGGUGGUGAAUGCAGUAAAGAGGAAAGUUACCCCCUGAGAUGAAUGCUUACAUAUUGAAACUGUUUGAAGCAAAUGAAGUUUGGAGAGCUCUUAAGCACAUGGAUCCUUUGAAAUCUCCUGGCCCUGCUGGAAUGUCGGCUUUAUUUUUCCACAAGAAUUGGACAACUGUGGGACCUGCAGUCACUACAAAAUUACAGUCAUAUUUAGAGAGUGGCCAGAUUCUAGAAAGUCUCAACCAAACUUUGUUGGCACUUAUUCUGAAGACCAAGUCACUAGAGACUCCAAUGGAGUUUCAGCCUAUUAGCCUUUGUAAAGUUCUAUAUAAGAUCCUCUCCAAGGUCCUAGCAAAUUGAUUGAAGGGUAUCCUAAAUGAGGUAAUUAUAGAGAACCAAAGUGUGUUUGUCCCGGAGAGAUUCAUAAUAGACAAUGUAAUGUUGGAGUUUGAAUGCUUCAAUGCCAUGAAGAACAUAAAAGUGGGAAAUUAAGGUUUUGUAGCUACCAAGCUCGACAUUGCCAAGGCGUAUGACAUUUAAAGCUUGGUUUUGACACUAGAUGGGUCAAUCUGAUCAUGCAAUGUGUUAAAAUAAUAUCCUAUUCGAUCCUCAUUAAUGACCACACUCUGACGUUAUCUAGCCUACCAGAGGACUGAGGUAGGGAGAUCCUAUCUCCCCGUACCUCUUCUUCUUAUGUGCUGAAGGCCUAUCAACAUUGUUGAAUAAGGCAAUAAAAAGGAAGGGAAACUAAAAGGAAUGCAAGUGAGCUCUAAUGGACCUGCUAUUUCACUUUUUUUUUUCUUUUUUUCCAGAUGACAGUAUUUUCUUCUUUGAAAACAAAAGAGAACAAGGUGAAGCUAUGAAAAGGAUACUUAAACAGUAUGAGGAGGCAUCAAGCCAGCAAGUCAUUUUCCCAAAGUCUGAGCUAUCUUUCAGUUGUAAUGUUAAGGAAGAAGAACGUGAAAUGAUGGCCACCAUUCUGGGAAUGAAGCAAGUCCUAUAUCAUGACAAGUAUCUUUGGCUACCCACUACUAUUGGGAGAUCAAAGAAGGUAGUGUUUACACAACUUAUCGACAGAGUUUGCAAGAAAGUAAAAAUGUGAAAGAGUAAGACCCUAUCCAAUGCUGCCAAGAAAGUACUGAUUUAGGUCAUUGCCCAAGCCCAUAAUACCUAUGUUAUGUCUGAUUUUCUCAAAUCUCAGGGGCUGAUUCAGGAACUACAAUGACUCAUAGCAGGAUUCUGAUGGGUUCAAAAGAAAGAAGAAAAAAAAAGGAUUCACUAGAUGAACUGUGAGAGGCUAAGCAAACCGAAGAGUGAAGGAGGUAUGGGAUUCAAAGACCUUCAUGGUUUUAACAUAGCUCUAUUGGGAAGACAGAUCUGGAACCUUAUUAAGAAUCCUCAACCGUUGGUGAGUAGAGUUCUUAAAGCCAAGUGCUAUCCAAAUUGUGACUUUCUGGAGAAUGAACUAUGACAAAAUCCAGGUAUAUCUGGUAUAGUAUUAUGGCGGCACAACCACUAAUGAAAGAAGGGAUAAGGUGCAGGAUUGGAAAUGGAGAAUAGGUUCGUGUCUAGUGGGAUAGAUGGGCCCCAACUAGUCCCAACUUUAAGGUUGAAUCCGUUGUUUCAUUGUUGGGACUAUAUGAAAAGUUGUCUGAGUUAAUUGAACAUGUCCGAAAGGAUUUGGAAAAGCACUGUGUUGCAGUCUAAUUUUCAUAUGAAGGAUCGAGUAAGAAUUUCCAGAUUCCCCUAUCAAGAAGAUAGCAACCAGACGUUUGUGUGUGGGGGCGGGACAAACUAGGCAAGUACACUGUAAAAACUGGGUAUCAUGAGUGGAUUAUGUGGAAGGAACACAAUAAUCACUUGUUCAACAACCCUAAACUUGAGGAAAGUGAAGUAAUCGCCAGAUCGCAGAGUUACCUAGAGGAAUAUUGGAGCUUCAUGCAAAGGGAAAUCAGGUGAAAGGACCUCAUCAGGUGGUGAAGUGGGAUAAGCCGAGAAGGGGGGAACUGAAGGUAAAUGUCGACGCAUCCAACGUGAAGGAGGGAGGAACUAAAACGGGAAUGAUGGUAAGCGACGAGGAAGGGAGAUUUGUAAUGGCGGCGGUGAAGCGAACGAGGGUGGAUUGGGAGCCAGAGCUUGCAGAAGCUCAGGCGGUGCUCAGGGGACACGAGAGGAAGCCCAAUCCUUUUGGAAUCGAAUUGUCAAUCACUGAUUCAUAAAUUGGACAGGGAAGAGGUGAAUGAAACUGAAUUGGGGGUGGCGGUGGCCGAGAUACGAGAGCUGAGGUCAGAAUUUGGUGAAGUAAGCUGGAGAUUCUAGGAAAGGAAAGGCAAUGGAGCUGCCCAUCAAAUGGCUAAGAGUGAGUUGCAGGUGGGAAGAAACUGAAGUAUGGGCAGAUAGACCCCCUUGUUUUCAUCCUUCAAACUCUUACGAAGGACUGUAUUGGCAUUUUGCCAGCUUUAAUAAAAGACCCAUGCCCAUUAUGAAAAAAAAAAACAAACAAAUGUCGGUGAGUUAUUAAAAAAAAAAUCGCAAAAACGGCGCAUCCCUAGUUUGCUUCCAUUGUACUCUUUGCCGCUAUUGGGAAAAUCCCCGCGAAAACCAGAGACACUUCCGUUCCUUGCUUUUUCUCUUGUUUCUCGCCGUUGUGCUUCAGUGUCCUGCAGCAUCCCACUCCGUCAUCUCCCCGAGAUCGUUUCGCCCAGCUCGGGUUCAGAGGGCCGUUACUUGAGAGCUCCCAGCUCAUAGUGAAUCGCCAUGGAACUCAGUUACUGUGUGGUGUUCUAAUGUCACAUUGAUGCAAAAUCCCUAAACAGUGCGAGAAUUUCCGUCCUGCUCUACUUGGAGAUGGGGAAAAGAAGUAGCGUAAUGAUUAUAUCAUCGGAUGACGAUGAAGAUAGUCCGAGGUCGUCGAGUAGGAGGACUCGUAGCCACAAGAAGAUUAAACCGAAGCAGCAGUUGCUCACUCUUACUAACCCUAGGGAACCGAAGACGACGAAGAAGAAACCUAACAUUUCGAAUAGUUCCCAACCACGAUUGAGCAGAGAAUCCAGCUUCGUGGAUGAGAUCAGAUUAUCAUUUGAAGAAUUCGAUCAAUGCUUGUCUCGGUCAAAGGUAUCAUCCGGUUCUGGGAGUACGAACGCCGGUGAACUAUGGGUGGAUAAGUAUAAACCCCAGGGUUUGGAAGAACUUGCUGUGCACAAGAAGAAGGUAGAGGAAGUUAAGAGAUGGUUUGAGGAAAAAUUGAACGCUUCGAAGGGGAGUUCCGAGAGUAACGUUCUCAUCAUAACUGGACAAGCAGGGGUCGGGAAGUCUGCAACCAUCCGUGUUAUGGCAUCUCAAUUUGGAGUCACAUUGUAUGAAUGGAACACGCCUAUCCCUACAACAUGGCGUGAGCAUGUGCAUAAUUCUGAUACAGGAAUACGAUACACCUCAAAGUUGGAUGAAUUUGUUAACUUUGUUGAGAAAAUAAGGAAAUAUGGGUUACUUCCUUCGUCCAUUAGUAUAGCACCCAAGGAAUUGUUUGUACUCUUGAUCGAUGAUCUUCCUUUGGUAAACGGACGAACUGCUUUGGAGAAGCUUCAAAACUGCUUGCUUAUUCUUACAAGAUCAGCUCAACUACCAACUGUUGUCGUGGUCACUGACGGUGGCAAAGAAGAUUCAGCAGACCAAGCUUCCCGAUGCUUGGAAGAACUUCAGAAUUCUGUUCAGAGUGCUGGGGCUAGUAAGGUUGCGUUUAACCCUAUCACUCAUAAUUCAAUGAAGAAGGUGCUUACCAGAAUAUGCAUCCAGGAGCAAUAUAAUGUAUCUGCAGAUCAGAUUAAUCUGAUAGCCAAAGCCAGUGGGGGUGAUAUCAGACAUGCAAUUACAUCUUUACAGCUCUUUUGUGUUAAGCCAGAUCCAAAGGAAAAUGUUUCAUUGCUCAGUUCCAGCUUGAGUUGCUCAAGUGUAAACGCUGAAGAAAUAGAUGAUUUGGUCAAUGGGGUUUCUUCACUUUUCGGCAAAGACGAGACUCUCUCGUUAUUCCAUGCCCUGGGAAAGUUUCUUUAUAACAAAAGAGAAACUGAAGUUAGUCUCACAUUGGACCAAGAUGCAUUUCUGGUACAGGAAAAGUUCUACAGGUUCCCAUUGCAAAUGGAAGCUCCGGAAAAGGUUCUUUCUCAAUCACACGGGCAAGCAAGACAAAUUGCUGAUUUUCUUCAUGAAAAUAAUUUGGAUUUCAUAAGUGAUCAAGCGAUGGAGGAUGCCUGGGAAGUAGCCACUUAUUUAAGUGAUGCAGACUUGCUGCUGUCUUCCUUCAGAGCACUGCUGGCCAGACACAACGAGGCGGAGCAUAAUGUACUUCAGUCAGCUGCAGCAUCAGUUGCUUGUCGUGGAGUGUUAUUUGGCAAUGCUCACCCUUCACCUCGCAGGUGGCAUUCCAUUCGGAAGCCAAAGCUAUGGCAGGUGGAGCGUUCAAUGCUAGAUAAUAAAAAACAGAUUGGAACACAGAGGUUUGUGGCGUAUGGUGGACGCAGCUCCAUGGAUCUGACAGGCUUGGCUAUCGAGUACACAAGCAUGUUAAGGUUGCAAGGAAAUAGAGCGUCUGGUCAUGGGUUAAACCAAAGCGCUGACAUUACCGAUUUCGAGGAAGCAAGCGAGAUGUCUGAUGAUGGGAUUGAAGAUUUCAGUGACUAGGAAAGGAACAUCGGCGAGGGAUCAUUUCUUGCUGUUGUUAAUGAAAAGUAAAUUUGUAGUCACUGAGCAGAAGUUAAGUUGUUUCCUUCUUUUUGUUUUUUAUUCUAUUCAGUGAUUUUUCAACUUGAGUUUUAUACCCCGCUGAUUCAUAUACCAACCAUCUGGGGUUUAUUUGUUUGCUUCUUUUCUCUGGCGCAGGUGUUAAAUUGUUACAACCAGAACUUGUGCGUUAAAUAUCCAAAUUAAGGACUUGUUUCUGUUAAAUGAUAAAUUGAACCCAAAAAAAAAAAAAACACAAAUCCUAUGGGUGGCCAAGUGUUAAGAGAACAGCGCCUGAUCAUACUCGAGUAUCAUCAUACUCCCAAGAAUUAGGCUCACUGCUCUGGAAGAAUGCGAAGAACCGUCUCGCUCUCGCUUCACUCAGUGGAACGAUUCAGCUAGCCUAGUCAAUGAUCAAUCACAACAGAUAGCUGUUGUGAAUGCACUUUUCGAUAGGUUGGAGGGCCUUUUUGACGAAAUGUUGCAAUGGAUGGCUGGCUUGAAUCAACAAUGACGAGUGGGGAAUGUUGCCGGCGAGGAAGGUCCGUUGGUGAAUCAACAUGGUGGUCGAGGCAUUUCACUGGCAUCACUUGUGAGUGGUAAAGCUAAAUCGGAAGGUUCCUUUCCAACCGGCACCAGAAAGUUUUUUGUUGCGGUUGAACUAUCGUCGGGUCAAGGGGUCUUCUCAUCACUUGUUCGAGGAAAUGUCAAGAUGAAGGCUAGCCAUACAUCACGAGGUCGUGUGAUAACACAUAAAAUAGGUGUUGUUUGGCCUUUAUUCUCGAGGCAAUUGCGAGAUAAAUCACCGUGUUUAGGCCACAUAUCAAGUUAGUUUAAGCCUAUUUUCGUUCAUAUCUGCAAAACAUCCAUUUUGGCAUGGAUUAGCUUGAUAUGAAGGUUUUCAUGGGGAAAUCGACUCGACUUUGUCGUAUUUUAUGCUUUUCCAGUGUUUUUAAUGUAAUUUCAAGACUUAAAGUCAUCUAAGAUUGAUCGGGAACCGUUUGCAGUUCAUCCGAGCACGAUUGAGAAGCAUAGGAGCAAGAAGGGGAGAAAAAGCAGAGGUCACGGCCACGUCACAACCCUUGACCAGGUGGUGACCAUGUUCGUGGCCAUGAAUAGAGGGCUCGAACUUCAGCAAGCAGCAAACAGAGGGCGGAAAGUUUUGACACUUGGAUCGCAGCCAAGUUGCUUUUCGACCGUGAUAAAGAUCAUGCCCGUGACACCAAAGAUCGCAACCAUGAUCUCAUGAUGGAGGUUGGGAUCUCGGAACUUGAAGAUGAAGUGAAAACCCGAAGUUUCGGUCGAUUCGGAGCCGUUCCAGGCUGGUCACGCCUCGAGGUUGUGACCAGCACUAGCAGCCUAUAAAUGCCCCUUUUUCUUCACUUGGCGAAGGAGAGUUGACCUAGAGUGAGAAAUUUUGGAUUUUGUGCAGUUUUUAGAGAGGGAAACACCUUGGGAGAGGUUUAUUGAAGAUUCAAUCCACUCAAGCAGCAAGGACUAGAUGCAAGCAAGGAGGAAAAGAUGAUUCCCAUCCCUCCUCUUCUUAGUUUGUAUUCUCUCUCUCUCUCUCUGACUUGAAUCUCUAAGGUUGUCUAGGAAAGAUGAAUCCUAGCUUAUAGUUUGUAUGUGUGUUUAUGAAUGUAUAUGCUUGUUUUAGUAAAUAUAUUUUUCAUUUAUGC